AGCUGUAUAUAAGAGGAGCAAGAGAGAGAGAGAGGCAGAAUUACAGAGUGUCAGAGUGACGGACAGAAAUACAGAAAAAGCACAGCAAGUUCUGAUAUACUGCGGCGCACAAUCCACGUCGACAUUGUACUCUGAAGCAAAGAAAUGAAUAACUUUCAAGCUUUGCUUUUAGCUGCACAACUCAAAGUCACAGUCCCCCCAACAGAAACACAUCCUAUAAUACAGUGUAUUAAUAAGAAGGACACCAAGAAGCUGAAAAAAUUGAUAAAGGACAACAACAUCAAUGAAGUUUACCCAAGCAGAGAGAAGAAUGAUUAUAUAACUCCACUGAUUGCUGCUGUUGUAAAUCACAAUUGUGAUAUUUUUACUUUCCUACUACAAGAGGGUGCAGACCCAAACAAGGCUUCCCAAACUGGCUUUACACCUUUACAUUAUGUCUCACUAUCCAAAGCACCACUUCUUUUUGUGGAGAAACUGCUUGAAGCAAAAGCUGAUCCAAAUGGAGGGAUUCUCAGAAAGAUAAUCACACCACUGCAAACUGCUGCCAUCAAUGACAGAGAUGAUGUCCUGAAAGUGCUCAUUUCUGCUGGGGCAGAGGUAACAUUGUUACGUCUCACUGAUCCUAAACAUAAUAUUCACAAUGAAAAAAUAUCUCAGAUGAUUCAUAACCUUGCAUCAAAAGGAGAUGAAUUAUGCUCCAAAAUCAGAUAUUUUUUGGAUAUGGAAGUAGCUGUGCAAUCAGGGGGACCGCCUGACAAAGUGUUCAAAACCUUUGACAGUCACAUGUUGCUGGAGGAACCUCAGACCCAUCUGACCAUGAUUGAAGAACUUUUUAAUUUAAAUGGGCCAGAUGCAGAAAAAUACCGCCAGGGAUGUAUCAAAUGGCUGAAAGACACUGGAAAUCUGAACUCCUACAUUGCAGAUGCUGUCUGUCGCUUUCCAAACAUUCCCCAGGAACAUGUACCUCUGGCCAUUGGUAGUUUAUAUACGGUUUUCUGCACAAUGGAAGACAUACCAAAUGAGCAAGCUUUGGCUAUAAUCCCCCAACUACUGAACCAGCUUUGCUCAAUAGAGAUACCUGAUAUAUGUAAAGUUGUUCUGCAAACACUAUAUGUGAUCACACAGAAAACAAAAGGCACAAAUAGCUGGGAUCCCAACUUUAUUGAGAAGUUAUACAAGACAGUUGCUCCUUUUGUAAAGGAUGAACACUCCUCUGGCAUUAGAGUCUACACGUAUGGCAUAUUUGCAAACUUGCUUUCAGUUGAACAUGCAGCCAACAUCUUUACCUCUGUGGGGAUAACUUCAGUGCCUGAGGACAUACUGACAUCUGCAGAUAUGAACAUGAAUGACAAGCUGAAAGAAGUCCUCAGAAGACUGAAAAGUAAUUUCACCAAACCAAACUCAGAAUGUGAGGAUGUCGCAGCCUCACCUGGAUCCAAGAAAAAGAAGAAAAAGAAGAAGAAAAAGAAGGAGAAGUCCGAAAAGCAAGAAAACCCAAAUGAUGAAGUGUGCACUGAUCUAACAGCGGCUCCUGUUGUGAAGUCAACUUCAAAUGUGAAGCCAUUCGACUGCGACACCACUACGUCAUCAGUAACACACAAAUGGCUACAAAUCAGCAAGAGGUGGAGAGGGAAAUUAGAGAAGCUUCUGAGCACUGAUGAAAGUAAAGUAACCAGAAUUGGCAGCAUGAUUUAUGUGAAUGAUGCAGAAUUCCGCAUAGCGAAGGGAAGUGAUGGUACUGAAGUCUUCUUGGGGCUGAGAGAUGAUGGCACUGAAGUUGCUAUUAAGAAAAUGACUAAAUGCAACUAUCAGGUGCUGAAGAAUGAGGAAGGAUUUCUACGACUUCCAGAGCUUGAUCAUCAAUCUAUUGUACGAUAUGUUGAUGCUGCGGAGGAUGAGAACUUUGGAUAUCUUGGUCUUCAGCUUUGUGAAUACACCUUGGAAGAAUACAUCAGAAAUAUUGAUGGUGGUCUCCAGAUAAAGAAACUUGUCAAUCAGGUUCUCGAGAGUUUAAAGGUGCUUCAUUGUCAAAGUCCUCCAAUUCUCCACCGGGAUCUCAAACCACAGAAUGUUUUGAUCGAUGUUAACGGGAGGGCAAGACUAGCUGAUUUUGGCAUAAGUAGACGGUUAACCAAAGGCCAAACAACUCAUCGCACAGGCAGUGCAGGAACAAAAUGCUGGAUGGCCAAGGAGACUUUAGCAGAAGGUGACAUACCAUACAAGUCAAACACUGACAUACAGGUGGCAGGGAUGCUGAUUUAUUAUAUCCUCUCUGGAGGACAACAUCCUUUCGGCAAUUCCUUUGAAUGUGAGGGAAACAUUUAUAAAGGGAAGUACAGUUUGGACCAUGUUCAAGAUGUGGUGGCAAAGGAUCUCAUUGAGUGGAUGAUCAAUGAAGAACCAAAGAACAGACCUAAAGUGGAGGAAUGCUUGAGUCAUCCCUUCUUCUGGACCUCUGAAAGGAGAGUUGAAUACUUGAGAAGGAUUGGCAACAGGGAGGAGGUGGCAAACUGUCGAAAGGCUGACCAGGAACUGGUUUCUUCUUUGGAAGAAUGUACCAGUGAUGGAUCCUUCAAACAGUGGAGAAAUGAGUUUCCACCAGAGUUGGUCCAGAAGAUGGAUGCCAAGAAGAAAGCCUAUCCAGACAACACACUGGGAUUACUGCGCUUCAUACGAAACCUCCAUGAGCACUAUGCCGAGGAUGCAGCCCAAGUUGAUGUGAUGAUGAUAUUUCCUGAUCUCUUCGGAUGUGUUUACAAGUUCGCCAAGACCCAAGGGUGGAACUCCGAGACCCCCUUGAAGGAAAUGUUUCGAAGAGAAGACAUCAGCACCAGCUUUACAAGGCUGUCCAUCAGCCCUGAUGAGCGUCUGGGUGUCCCAGUUCAAGAGUCUCAACCCAGUGACUUGAAGUGAACUCAACUUCAAAAAGGAUCAGGGACUUCAAAAAUGACUUUAGAGUCUUAUAAGCAGUCAGAGG